ACCAAAGCAAGACAACAACACAUCUCAAAGUAACCACAAACUCUCUUCUCUUGGGAAUAAACACAAACACCUCCCGUGCAACAAUCAUGGGGGACAUAUCAGCAUUCGCCGACGCCAUGGGCCAGUGCUGCAGCAUCGCGUUGCCGAUGACGCUGAAGGCCAUGAUCGAGCUGGACGUGCUGGAGGUCAUGGCAGCAGUUGGGCCCGGCGCUAUGCUUUCACCGGAAGAGAUCGCGUCAAAGAUCCAAACCAGCAACCCUGACGCCCACGAGGUGCUCGACAGAAUGCUUCGGUUCUUGGCCGCGCACAAAGUGGUGACUUGCGAGGUGGUGGUCGGAGAAGAGGAUGGGAAGAGCAAGAGGCGUUAUGGAUUGGGCCCGGUUUGCGAGUUUUUCACUAAAGAUGAGGAUGGAACCUCUCUGGCUCCACUCUUGCUCAUGCAUCUCUCCAAGGACUGGGCAGAUACAUGGCCAAAUCUAAAGCAUGCAGUGUUAGAUGGGAGUAACCCAUUUGUGAAGACUUAUGGAAUGACAUUGUUUGAGUAUGAGGACAAAGACUCCCAUUUCAGUGAGAUGUUCAAUAAAGCCAUGUUCAACCUGAGCACCAGGCUCAUGAAAAAGAUACUUGAAAACUACAAUGGAUUUGAAAGCAUUAAUGUGCUUGUGGAUGUGGCUGGUGGCCAUGGUGGUAUUCUUUCCAUCAUACUAUCCAAGUACCCACAUAUCAAAGCCAUCAACUUUGAUUUACCUCAUGUUGUCUCUCAAGCAAAACCCAUUCAAGGAGUGGAGUUUGUAGGGGGUGACAUGUUUGAAAGUGUCCCAACUGGUGAUGCCAUCAUCAUCAAGGGAACACUUCAUAAUUGGAGUGAUGCAGAUUGUGUGAAAGUUUUGAAAAACUGUUGGAAAGCAUUACCAGAUGAUGGAAAAAUAGUUCUCAUAGAACAUGUUAUUCCUGAAAAUGCGGAAGAAGCAAGAAACACUCUUUUUCUUGAUAUUAUUAUGUUAACUUAUUUUGUUGGGGGAAAAGGAAGAAGUGAGAAAGAAUUUCAAUUUCUUGCUAAAGAAAGUGGAUUUUCUAAAUUCAAAAUUGCAUGUAAUUAUUAUUAUUAUGUCAUGGAAUUGUACAAGUAAACAUAAAUUGUAACUUUUGGCAUAUCAAAGCCUUCUAUGCAGUCUUUGUAAUUCAUCUGUACUCAGUACUUUUUUAAUAAAAAUA